UGCGUCAUUCCAGGGUCCAAUUGUUUCCAGCCGCAAACUUAACAGAUUGAAUUUGAAUGACCUGCUAAACCCAUUCGCUGCCAACUCUAGACUGAGAUGAUAGAUUAGUCGGAGGAUCACCUCCAGGCGUUGAAAAAACGACAUAAGCGACUAGAGAAUUUUAAUUUAUAAGGUCCUAGCUAGCUCGGCUUUAUACUCUGAAAAUACUGGAGUCUGAACGGAUCAUGGCAACCUUCUCAGCCCUCCUCCUCCUCCUCCUCUUCUUCUCUCCCAUUUCCGCUCUCGACUUUCUCUUCAACUCCUUCUCCAACAUCACCAAAGGCACCGACCUCAUCCUCAUCAACGACGCCCAAUUGGACGCUGCCGCCAUCUUCCUCACAGACUACACCAAUAUGUACACCUUCGGCCACGUCUUCCACCCAACCAAAAUCCCCAUGAAACCCACUUCCAACUCCAGCUCCGUAGCCUCCUUCUCCACCUCCUUCGUUCAUGGCGGAGAUCGCGAGCAUGGGACGGCUGCAGCACAAGAACUUGGUCCAAUUGCGGGGUUUGUGCAGAAGGGGAACGAGUUGAUGCUGGUGUACGAUUACAAGCCCAACGAGAGCCUAGAUGGGUGGAUUUUCGGCAAGCCCAAGACUGUUAUGGGGUGGGAGAAACGGCAGCGCGUGGUGGUGGAUGUGGCGGAGGGGCUGAAUUAUCUCCACCACGGGUGGGACCAGAUGGUUGUUCACAGAGACAUCAAGUCGAGCAGUAUUUUGCUAAACGUGGAGAUGAGAGGGAGGCUUGGGGAUUUUUGGCUGGCGAAGCUGUACCGGCACGGGGAAGUACCCAAUGUGACAAAAUGUAAAACCAUUUUAUGAAUGACAAUGAAUUAUGCCAAGAAUUAUUGAGAGAAUAAUUGACUUGGCAUACAAGUUAAUAAAAUUUGUAGGAUUCUCGGUGCCUUAAGGAAAUAAAUAUAUUGGAGUCCUAAUUACAUGC